UUUUUAAUUUUUCCUUCCAAAACACACAUAACCAUAUUUUAUUUGUCGAGAAAUAUUCAUACAUAUAGUUCAUCGAUUUCAUUUUCCGCUAAAAUUCAUUAAUCAACAUAAUGAACCAAGAAAAUGAUGAGUUCAUCCUUCCUGAAGAUCUGCAAGAUGUAGAAAUCAUAUACUCAGAUAACGAAGAUGACGAAGAAGGCAAUUAUGAAAAUGAAGAAAAUCCUUACGAAGAAGUCGAAGAUAAAUCAAAAUUCUCGUUUACGAACCACGAAAAAAGCGUUUUUGCUGUGGAUAUCAGUCCUGAUGGAAAACAUGUGGUUACUGGUGGUGAAGAUGACAUGGCUUUUGUAUGGGAUAUAGACACAAAAGAAAUACUGAUAACUUGUAAUGGACACAAAGAUUCUGUAAGUCAAGUAGGUUUCAAUCAUGAUGGGAAAUAUGUAGCCACUGCUGAUAUGAGCGGGAUGAUACAAGUUUGGAAUGUCAGCGAAAAAAACUUGGCGUGGAGUAAUGAAAUGGGAGAUUUAGAAUGGCUUCAGUGGCAUCCUAUUGCGAAUGUACUCAUUGCAGGAUUCCAUACUGGUGAAAUUUACAUUUGGCAGGUGCCUAGUGGUAAUUGCAAGGCACUUCCUUCUCAUGGACAAGUUUCAUCAUGUGGUAAAAUAUUACCUGAUGGUAAAAGAUUGGUUGCAGGUUAUGGUGAUGGCCAAGUAAAACUAUGGGACUUGAAAACAACAUCUCUAUUAUGGAAAAAGACUUGUAGCAGUGGAAUAACGGCUUUGGCAAUUAAUUCAAAUGGAACACUUCUUGGUAUUGCCCCUACAUCUGAACUUGCACUUAUUUCUGACGGUCGUCAUGUUGUGACUUUGAAAUGUGAUGAUAAAGAUGAUAUAGAGUGCAUUGAAGUGAGUUCUGAACUGGGAGUUAUUAUAACAGGAUCAAUAUCUGGAGAAGUAUGCAUUUGGAAUCUGGCCAAACAUGUUUUAAGACACAAAAUAAGUGUUGGAUGUGCAGUCACAGUUCUAAAACUGGGAAGAAAUGGUGAACUUUUCUUUGGAGCAGGUGGUGCUAUAUAUGAAUGCAAUGCUGUGAAUGGGACAAUAACAAAAGGCUUAACUGGACACGUGGAUGAUAUUCUUGAUAUUGCUGUUCCUAGGGUUGGGAACUAUAUAGUUUCUUCGUCGGAUGAUAGCACUGUCAAAAUUUUUGAUAUCUAGAUAGUAAUAGAAAAAAUCUACUCCAAUUUUGUGAUAUAGAAUAGAUUUUAUAUGUAUGGACUCUGCAUUUGACAUUAUUGACGUCAGCUAUGCAGUUUGAUUUUAAAGAUCAUUUAUAACACAGGAAGGAAAAAUAAAAAUAAGAUUUCAGAGUUAUCUGAUA